AUGCCCGAUCAGGUCACUUCUCUACCGGCGGUGUCUGGGACCAAACGCAAACGACCAUCCGGGGGAGAGUCUUUGGAUCCCGAGCUAAGCGACUUGAGCGUGAACAGAAGCGACUCUACUGCAGACUCAGAGACUAAGACGCUGUCUGCCAAAGAUCGUCGCCAAGGGAAGGCCAAGAAGGGGCAGAAAGAGGACGAAGAAGCCCCGUAUUGGCCACCGCUCUUUACAUCGCUAGACAAGACUCACCGGGCUCUGAAUCUAGUUUUUACUUUCUGCUCUACGAGAAAAUAUUUCGCCACAACAUUCGAAGCCAUAAAACCCGCGGUUGAGUCUCACAUAAAGCGGAAGCUAUCGGUUGCAGAAGUGGCGCAAAUUGUCGCUGUGCGUCCGGAAGGAAUCAACUUCAGCUACGUGGACAAAUCUACGCUUGAGCUAGACAUCAAAGCGUCAGAGCGCAAAGAUGAUUUUUUCAAGCUGUUUGGCAAUAGAAAAGCGCAGCAGCUUGCUCCUGAUGCGUCUGUUGGGGGCUGGACUGGCGCCAACUCUAUGGACCCCAGGUCGGGAGAUUAUGAAGUCUUGUUCUUCGAGUUUAUCGACGGCGACCUGAAGAGACAAGUGCCAGACAAGAAAACAGGUGAGCCGACCAACCCGCAGCGGAGAUUGAGGGAUGAGAAGCUGCAGAUGCCGAUCUUCGGCCAGGGCCAGAUGACGAAGCUCAUUGAGCGCCGAAACCAGCGUUUCUCGAGCGCCAUCAACACGUUUCUGCGAAAUUGCGAAGACGAAAAGAUUGAUCCCUGCCUUGCUUUGGAGAGCCUGGCGGAAUCAUACGUGCCCAAGCCCAGCGAGCGUGAUGACGACGGCGAUAUUGUGGUCAGCACAAUCCCUGCCACCAUCCCAAAGGAACGCAAGUCCAUACCGGAAAUUGUGAAGGAAAUUAGGGAAAGCCCAUGGUAUACUGGCCAAAUUGUGCCGGAUGGCCACAGGGUUUUCGAUCCGCAGGAGCCCGUGCAUGGGGACUUGGAGUUUCUCCUCACACAGAACCUGGUCAAUGCCAUGUACAAUGCCAAAGGCAUCACGUCCUUUUAUGCUCACCAGGCUGAGGCGCUGAAUGCUCUACAAGAAGGCAAGAAUGUGGUUGUCGCAACCUCGACGAGCUCUGGCAAGUCGCUGAUCUACCAGCUUCCGGUGCUAUACGCUUUGGAGCAGGACUUUGAGUCGCGCGCCAUGUACAUCUUUCCCACGAAAGCGUUGGCGCAGGACCAGCGACGCAGCUUGAAGGACAUGAUGGCUUAUAUGCCAGGUCUCGAGGGUACUAUUGUAGAAACAUUCGACGGGGACACGCCGUUCAGUACGAGGAAUGCCAUCCGCGAACAAGCGAGAAUCAUCUUCACCAACCCUGACAUGAUGCAUGUCACCAUCUUACCUCAGGAAGAGAAAUGGAGGUCCUUCUUGAAGAACUUGAAAUACGUUGUCGUUGAUGAACUGCAUUACUACAAUGGACAGUUCGGUUCCCAUGUCGCCUUUGUUAUGCGACGGUUAAGGCGCAUCUGUGCUGCCAUUGGCAAUCGAACUGUUCAAUUCAUCUCUUGCUCUGCUACCGUUGCGAACCCGACCGAGCACUUCAAGGCCAUCUUUGGCAUUGAUAAUGUCAAGCUGAUUGACUUCGACGGGUCUCCUUCUGGCAGGAAAGAGUUUUUGUGCUGGAACACGCCGUACAAAGACCCAGGAGAUCCUGCGAGCGGCAGGGGCAGCGCAAAGUUUGAAUGCGCACGGUUGUUCUGCGAGCUGCUGCUCCGGGGUGUGCGCAUCAUUGCCUUUUGCCGAGUUCGCAAUCAAUGUGAAAUUUUGGUCAACGCUAUACGGCAGGAGCUGGAGAACAGAGGCCGAGGCGAUUGCGUGAAUCUGGUCAUGGGAUAUCGAGGGGGAUACACGGCAGAAGAUAGGCGCAAGAUCGAGUCGGAAAUGUUUGCGGGACGACUGUUGGGGAUUGUCUCGACCACGGCACUGGAACUCGGCAUCGACAUCGGAACACUGGACUGUGUCUUGACGUGGGGCUUCCCUUAUACCAUUGCUAACCUGCGCCAGCAAAGCGGACGCGCUGGACGAAGAAACAAAGACUCGCUUUCUGUCUUGCUUGGGGACAGUUUCGCUACAGACCAGCAUUAUAUGCAGAAUCCAGAAGAGCUCUUCUCCAAACCUACGGCAGAGUUACAGCUGGAUCUGGACAACAUGCUUGUACGCGAAGGACAUAUACAAUGCGCGGCUUACGAGAUGCCGAUUCGGCCAGAGUAUGACACAAAGUACUUUGGUCAGGAUCUGCCUAAGAUCUGCGAGGAACGACUUGUUGCUGACGACAUGGGCUACUAUCAUUGCCACGAUCGGUUCCGACCUAAACCGUCCAAAUACGUUGCAAUUCGAGAUACCGAGGAUGAGCAUUUUGCCGUCAUCGACAUCACACAUGGCAGAAAUGUCGUGCUGGAAGAACUGGAGGCAUCGAGGGCAACCUUUACGAUCUACGACGGCGGGAUAUUCCUUCACCAGGGUCGGACCUAUCUCGUCCGCGACUUUUUGCCUGACAGACGAAUGGCGAAAGUGGAACGAGUCAAAGUGGAUUGGUUGACCUCGCAGCGUGAUUUCACCGAUAUUGACCCCGUGGAAACGGAGGCUAUUCGUGACAUUGGCUCGUCCGGAAUUUCGGCGUACCAUGGCACCAUUAAGAUUCUGCAAAAGGUAUUUGGCUUUUUCAAAGUAGAUUCAAAAGGGCGAGUCCUGGAUGCCGUUCACGUAGACAACCCUCCCAUCAUCCGAUACACUAAGGGGAUGUGGCUCGACAUUCCCAAGUCCGCGCUGGACAUCCUCAACAGCAACCGGAUCAACGCCGCGGCCUCGAUCCACGCCGCGCAGCACUGUGUCAUGAGUCUGCUGCCGACGUUCGUCAUCAGCUCACCCGAGGACGUGCGGACCGAGUGCAAGGUUGCGCUCAAGGAGUUUGCAAAGGAGGAGACGGCGCGAAAGCGGCCCGGCCGUCUGACCUUUUACGAUGCCAAGGGUGGCGCCAAUGGCUCGGGUAUCAGCACCAAGGCCUUUGAGCACAUUGACCACCUGCUGCGGCUCGCCCUGCAGCGUGUUGAGUCGUGCCCGUGCCCGCACGGGUGCGUUGAGUGCGUGGCGUCGGAGCUGUGCAAGGACUCUGGCGAGGUGAUGAGCAAAGCAGGCUCGCGCGUCAUCCUCCAGGCCUUGCUAGGGAUUGAGAUUGAUGUUGACGCCCUGGGGGAGCUAGGCGAGCAGGAACGUGUUCCCGCGGGCGUCGAGACCGUCAUCGUGGCGCAGCCGGUGCCGAUGAGACGACGUAGAGACAGCAGGGAUGAGACGCAUCAGCAAGAGCAGGAAAGAAGGCGGAGGGAGAGUAACGAGAGGCACAUGGGUGGCUUUGAGCGAAGUUAA